AUGGAGGCGCUGAACGAGCUCUGCGACCUGGUGGCCGCGCACCCGGAUCUCCUCCUCGCCGACAAGCUCACCUGGCUCACCUCCCGCUGCGCGCCGCCCGCGUCCCCCGCGUCCCCCGCGCAGCGCGCGACCCGGGCGCACCUCCACUCGCUCCUCGCCCUCGCGCGCCUCCUCCCCGCGGGCGCCGGCCCGCCGGCGGCCCCGCUCCUCGCCUUCCUCGCCUCCCGCGCCUUCCUCGCGCCGGCCUUCUGGCCGCAGUCCUUCGCGCCCGCGCCCUUCCUCGCCAAGCUCCUCCCUCUCCUCGCCGCCGCGCCCGCCUCCCCCGCCCUCUCCUCCGCGCUCUCCGCCGCGCUCCUCGCCGCGCUCGACGCCGCCGACCCCGCCUCCGCGCCGCUCGCCCGGGCCUUCCUCUCCGCCGCGGCCGCCAAGCCCCCGCAGCUCCUCCCCGCCGACACCGCGCCCGUCGCCCAGCGCCUCUUCCUCGAGUUCCCUGGCUCCGACGAGGCCCCGCCCAGGGCCAAGGGGAAGGGGGAGGACGCGGCGGGGGAGCAGAAUGGAGGGAUCAAGGAGGCGGUGCAGAGGUUCGAGGGGGAGCAGAUCGAGGCCCUCGAGCGCAAGGAGGUCGCCUUCAGGCUCAUCGUUCAGAUGCUCGGGGGCGAGGGCGGGCUGGAGGCCAACAAGGUUGCCAAGGUCAGGAAUGCUGCCGCAUGGCAGGUCCGUUCGCUCACGGAUUUUCUCAAGAUUAGGAAGCGGGACUGGAAGGAGCAGGGUGCACAACUGAGGGUGAGGAUAAACACCAAAUUAUCGUGUUGCCAAGCUGCGGUGGUGGUUCUGGUCCGGAGUGUCUCGGUCUUGGACGCUGACAGCAAAGCAUCCAAGGACAUGCUUCAGCAGACUCUUGCUUGGUUCAUCGAAGCCACCAAGUCGUGCAUCCUCUCAUCCUGGCGAAAACUCAAGAUUUGUGAGGAGCUCUUUUGCACUCUGCUCAAUGGGAUCAGCCAGAUAACAGUCUCGCGUGGGGGCCAGCUCCUGCCGGUUCUGCUGAUUCCCUUGAAACCGCUUGUUGUCAGCACAUGUUCGCAGGCUGACAUGACGGGCUGUAGCCCUGGUGCUUUGUUCGAGGCAGUGGUGAAGUUGAGCUGUGAGAUCAUAGAGUUUGGCUGGACAAAGGAUAGGGCUCUAGUUGACACAUUCAUUAUGCGUUUAGCUGCAUAUGUUCGUGAACGGAAUGAUUAUGAGGAAGAGGAUGGUAAAGGAAAAGACACAGUUCCGGUGAUGCGACUUAAUGUAGUACGCCUUCUGGCUGAGUUGUGUGUAUGCUUGAAAAGAUGGGAAGUUGUAGACAUGAUCUUGCCCCUUUUCAUUGAACAUCUAGAGGAGGGUGACGCUUCAGCUCCAAGUUUAUUGCGUCUAAAAUCGUUAGAUGCAAUAUCUCGUGUGGCAUGCUUGGGUUUUGAAAAAUCAUACCGUGAGAGCAUUGUAUUGAUGACAAGAAGCUACCUGGAUAAGGUUAAAGCUGUAGGAGCUGCAGAGAACAACACAUUGCCAUCAGAAGCAACAGCUGAGCGAACAGAGACUCUUCCCGCAGGUUUCUUACUUGUUGCUUCCAACCUCACUAGCACAAAACUCAGAUCUGAUUAUCGUCAUAGGUUGUUGUCCCUGUGCUCUGAUGUGGGGCUAGCCGCUGAAUCUAAAAGUGGGAGGAGUGGUGCUGAUUUGAUGGGCCCGUUACUUCCUGCGGUUGCUGAAAUAUGUUCAGAUUUUGAUCCAGUGUCCUCUGUCGAGCCAUCUCUAUUGAAAUUGUUUCGCAACCUGUGGUUCUAUAUUGUCUUGUUUGGUUUAGCUCCUCCGAUACAGAACAACCAGGCAUCUACAAAACCUGUUUCCACUCCGUUAAACACUGGGGAGAGCUGUGUAGCCCUGCAAGCUGUUGCUGGACCCUACAUGUGGAAUAGCCAAUGGUCUGUAGCAGUGCAACGCAUUGCACAAGGAUCUCCGCCGCUGGUUGUCAGUUCAGUGAAAUGGCUUGAAGAUGAGCUAGAGUUAAAUGCUCUGCAUAAUCCAGGCAGUCGUCGUGGCAAUGGUGAUGAAAAGGCAGCUGUUGGACAGAGAACUGCACUUUCUGCAGCUUUGGGAGGUCGAGUUGAGGUAGCAGCAAUGAGUACAAUUUCAGGAGUUAAAGCUACAUAUCUCCUCGCAGUUGCUUUCCUUGAGAUAUUGCGUUUUAGCGGCAGUGGUGGCAUACUUUCAGCUACAUUGAAUAAAUCAAAUAGUUCGUUCGGUUGUGUGUUUGAGUAUCUGCUUACUCCCAACUUGACACCAGCAGUAACUCAGUGUUUGACGGCAGUUGUGCACAGAGCUUUUGAAACAAUGUUGUCAUGGCUGGAGGAACGUACGUCUGACAUAGGCGAAGAAUCUAAUGUGAGAGAAUCUGUUCUUUCCGUUCAUGCUGGCUUCCUUAUAAAGAGCAUGUCACAAAGGGAUGAACAUGUUCGUGAUCUGAGUGUUAAGUUGUUAACUCAGCUAAAGGAAAAAUUUCCACAGGUUCUGUGGAACUCCUCAUGCUUGGAUUUACUUCUAAUAUCUGUUCAUAAUGAGUUGACUUCUGGUCCUGUCAGUGAUCCUGCUUGGGUUGCCACUAUACGCUCACUAUAUCAGAAGAUUGCUAGGGAAUGGAUAACAAGUGCUCUUUCAUAUGCUCCAUGUACCACUCAAGGCCUAAUACAGGAAAACUUUUGCAAGCCGAGUGGUGCACAAAGAACGCAGCAUACGGCAGAUGUUGUCUCACUUUUAUCCGAGAUACGUAUUUGUAUUGGAAAGAAUGAUUGGAAUGGCAUCAGGACUGCUAAUAUCCCAGCAGUUAUGGAUUCUGCUGCAGCAGCAUCAGGAGCGAGAAAAGAAGCACCUGACAUCACCCUGGAAGUAUUGUCAACUGCAGUAGUGAGUGCAACUGUGAAAUGUAACCAUGCAGGGGAGAUUGCUGGUAUGAGAAGGCUGUUCAGUACUAUGGGCGGCUUAAACAUGGGUGUGUCUCCUGGUACACAGUCUGGGCAGGCCCCACAGUCAUUUGAUGAAGUUUUUCUGUCCAAAUUUGUUCGGCUUCUUCAGGACUUUGUUGUUACGGCGGAAAAACAACCAAUAGAUAAUUCACAAUUUCGUGAAACUUGUUCUCAGGCUACAGCAUUACUUCUUGAUCAUCUGGUAUCUGAUUCUCGAACGAAUCUGGAAGGGUUUUCUCAGCUUAUACGACUUCUAUGCUGGUGCCCUGCUUAUAUUUCUACCCCUGAUGCAAUGGAGACUGGAAUUUAUAUCUGGACAUGGCUAGUUUCUGCAGCACCUUCUUUAGGUCCUCUUGUGCUUGCGGAACUUGUUGAUGCAUGGCUGUGGACAAUGGAUACAAAACGUGGUUUGUUUGCAUCUGAUAUGAAGUACUGUGGGCCUGAUGCAAAAUUGAGGCCACAUCUUAUUGCUGGUGAACCUGAGGCACCACCAGAAAAGGAUCCAGUUGAAGCAAUAAUUGCCCAUAGGCUCUGGCUUGGCUUCUUUAUUGAUCGCUUUGAGGUGGUUCGGCAUGAUAGCAUUGAGCAACUUCUACUUCUAGGCCGUAUGCUGCAAGGGAUGAUGAAGUCUCCAACUCAUUUUUCUCACCAUCCUGCUGCUACUGGCACUUUCUUUACCGCGAUGCAACUUGGUCUGAACUUUUGCUUGUGCCAGGAUCAAUUUAACUUGCAGAAAUGUAAUAUGGGGCUUCAGUUGUUAGAGGACAGAGUAUACCGUGCUGCUUUGGGAUGGUUUGCUUAUGCACCUGAAUUUUAUGAGUCUCCAAACAAAAGUUUUGCUCAGAGAGAGGCCCAGUCUGUUUCAAUAUUUGUGCACAAUCUGCAAAAUACCAGUUCCACUGAUUCUGGUUCGAAGCCACAGGGACGUGAAGGUGAACUUAACACGGCGGAUCAGAUCCACCCAGUGUGGGGUUCUGUGGAUAACUAUGCAACUGCGAAAGAAAAGCGCAAGCAAUUACUUUUGAUGCUUUCUCAGAAUGAGGCGGACAGGCUUGAAGUCUGGGCACAACCAAUAAACACAAAAGACACGUCAACAUUUCGUGGCAAAAUUAGCUCAGACAAAUGGAUUGAUCACUGCAGAACUGCUUUUGCUGUUGAUCCUCGAAUUGCACUCUCUAUGCCUAUGAGGUUUCCGACAAAUGCAACAUUGCAGUCUGAAAUUACUCAGUUGGUACAGACACACAUACUGGAGCUCCGUACAAUUCCUGAAGCAUUACCGUUUUUCAUCACUCCAAAGGCAGUGGACGAAAACUCAGCACUGUUACAGCAACUUCCACACUGGGCUCCGUGUUCUGUUACGCAGGCAUUGGAGUUUUUUACCUCUCCUUAUAAAGGACAUCCCCGUGUUAUGGCAUAUGUUCUUCGUGUCAUGGAGACUUAUCCACCUGAGACUGUCACCUUUUUUAUGCCACAGUUGGUACAGUCUCUCAGAUACGAUGAUGGGAAAUUAGUUGAAGGAUACUUGCUUGGAGCUGCUCGAAGAAGUAAUAUAUUUGCUCACAUCUUAAUAUGGCAUCUGCAGGGGGAAUGUGAGGAAGAUGACAAUGAAAAGGAAGGAGCUGCCCCAAAGCCCAAUGCAUUCCAGUCCUUGCUUCCUGCUGUUAGGGAGAAAAUUGUUGACGGUUUCACUCAGGAAGCUCGGGACAUGUUUGAAAGAGAGUUUGAUUUUUUUGACAAGGUCACCUCAAUUUCUGGUGUUCUUUUCCCUCUCCCCAAGGAAGAGCGAAGAGCUGGUAUUAAAAGGGAGCUGGAGAAGAUUACUAUUCCAGGUGACGACCUCUAUCUACCUACUGCAACGAACAAGUUAGUACGGGGCAUACAGCUGGACAGUGGUAUUCCUCUCCAGUCUGCCGCAAAAGUUCCAAUAAUGAUUACUUUUAAUGUGAUUGAUCGUGACGGGAACCCAAAUGAUGUAAUGCCACAGGCUUGCAUUUUUAAGGUUGGUGAUGACUGUAGGCAGGAUGUGCUGGCCCUUCAAGUUAUUGCCCUAUUAAGGGACAUAUUUGAAGCAGUCGGAUUAAACCUGUAUCUCUUUCCCUAUGGUGUUUUGCCCACUGGCCCUGAACGAGGCAUAAUUGAGGUUGUCCCAAAUACUCGGAGUAGAAAUCAAAUGGGUGAAACAACUGAUGGUGGUUUAUUAGAAAUAUUUCAGCAAGAUUAUGGCCCUGUAGGGUCACCUUCUUUUGAAGCUGCACGUCAAAUGUUUAUUGUUAGUAGUGCUGGAUAUGCUGUUGCCAGCCUGCUUCUUCAACCGAAGGAUCGGCAUAAUGGCAAUCUUCUCUUUGAUAGCCAGGGGAGACUAGUUCAUAUUGAUUUCGGAUUUAUUUUGGAGAUUUCCCCUGGAGGUAACAUGGGGUUUGAGAGUGCACAUUUCAAGCUAAGCCAUGAGAUGACUCAAUUGCUUGAUCCAUCUGGAACUAUGAAGAGUGACACCUGGAAUCAGUUUCUCAGACUGUGUGUCAAGGGAUACCUAGCGGGAAGGAGACACAUGAAUGGCAUUGUAACUACAGUACAGUUGAUGGUGGACAGUGGACUCCCUUGCUUUAGCAGGGGAGAGCCCAUUGCUAAUCUUCGGAAGCGGUUUCAUCCAGAGAUGAAUGAGCGCGAGGCGGCCAAUUUCAUGGUACGGACAUGUGUUGAUGCCUACAACAAAUGGACCACCGCUGGGUACGAUUUGAUUCAAUACUUGCAGCAAGGUAUUGAGAAAUAG